AGAUAGGGAGUCCUUUCAGCUGGAUGUCUCUAUGGGUCUGAGGACAUGAACAGAGCAGGAACACAGCUCAUAUGGACAUACUGUCAGUUUGUAAUGGACUAACGCUGUUUGUGAAGGCUCCUGCUGCAGUCCCUGUGGAAUGAAAGCAGCCUGGUGAAUAUUUGGUGCCCGACUCGUCCUGCUCUACCAAGAUGGGGAACGGAUUAUCAGAUCAUCACUCCCUCUUCCCCUGCCUGCCGUCCUUCCAGGCUCUCCAUAUUGUCAUUCUAGGACUGGACUGUGCAGGCAAGACCACUGUACUGUACCGCCUGCGCUUCAAUGAGUUUGUGAACACUGUCCCGACUAAGGGCUUCAACACCGAGAAGAUCAAAGUGUCACUUGGAGGUAGCCGUCGGACAGCGUCCUUCCACUUCUGGGAUGUAGGUGGUCAGGAGAAGCUGCGGCCUCUGUGGCGCUCUUACACACGUUGCGCUGACGGCAUCGUGUUCGUGGUGGACUCGGUGGAUGCCGAACGCAUCGAGGAGGCCAAGACAGAGCUGCACAAGAUCACGCGGCUGGCAGAGAACCAGGGCGUGCCAGUUCUGGUGGUGGCUAACAAACAGGACCUGAGGAACUCGCUCAGCCUGGCUGAGAUGGAGAGCAUGUUGGCUCUGCGCGAGCUCAGCACCGCCACACCCUGGCACCUUCAGCCCGCUUGUGCUAUCAUCGGUGAAGGACUGCAGGAGGGUCUCGAGAAGCUGCACGCAAUGAUCAUGAAGAGGAGAAAGAUGCUGCGGCAGCAGAAGAAGAAAAGAUGAUGCAGCGACAGUGGGAACUAUAAAAUGUGAGCCGGAUCUAAAGCUUCGUAAGAACUACUGUGAGCUGAGUACAAUCUGCUGGUCCACCAUGAAAAGUCAUUCGGCUGCCCUUUGAAGUCUCAUUGGCUGAGUUUGAUCUUUCCAGUGGAACUGUUUGUUCAGGUCAGCCUGCGUUUGGCUGCCACAGAGGACAGUGCGAUUGAUUUUCGCCCUGUGGACUUUGGAUGACCACAAUCCUGGCAGCAACAAGUCAUUGUAAAGGAAGCGCAGUAUUAUGCUAUACAGCGGCAAGCUAUGACGUUUACACUGAACUCUUUAAAGCGGACAAUGAGCUCUGACUUGUCUAUUUUAUGUUAUUUAACAUAUGUGCUGCUUAUCUGUUCAAAAACAAUCAGUCUUUAUAUUUGUAUUCUACCAAAGCUCGUGUUGAGAUUGCAGACAGAGCCGUAAUAGAGCAAACUAAUCAAAGUUGCGUAUGUCCGUAAGUAUUUUCUAUCCAUGUUGCACAAUAGGAGUUUGGUCUUGAAGUUUACAUAAAGAGUAAUGAUUCACUAGGAUGGCCCUAAAACAUGGUAACACUGUUCAAAAUGGCUGUUAAUGAUGGAAACAAUUAUUUAGCUGUUUGGUAGUGGACCUACCUUUCUGUGGCCAGAUGUUGAGCCCCAAUAUUCUGAGCACAGCCACACUGAGAGCAGGAAAACUUCAUCUAUGUAAUCUAACAUUAAGAUAUGGUGUCAGUCUGUCUGAAAGAAAAAGGGCGAGGCCUUCUUUCCAGAGCGAUCUCUUUACCAACAUAAAGAGCACAGUGACAACAUCCUGAAGAGACCUGAAGACAGUGCAGUCUCACUGUGUUUGGAGCACAGGGAAUGCCAUCAGGACCUCUGUUGCAGUAAUUAAUGCAUUACCUUUACCACACGAGUACUGUAAUUUGAUAUGUGUUUGUCGGCUGUUGAGUAACGAGCAGUCUCAGUACAGAAAUGCGAAAGAUCCGAUCCGAAAGAAAAGCUAAAAUGUUUAUGUUAAAAAGUGACUAUCAUCUGAUAUGUUAUUGGAAGUUUUAAUUUCUAAAUAGCCAUAAUGUUAUUAGCUUCAAAAACCCAGUAUCCGUUUUGCUGUAUUAUUUAUCUAGAAGUAAACAUUAGAUUAAGUCAACCAAUCUGUUGCUUGUUACCUGGGGAGCUAACUAAUGAGCUAACAUUGGUUACGUCCACUUGCUAGUAGUUGAACAACAUCUAAACAGAAGUAGCUACAAUGCCCAAAUAAAAUGAACAAACUUAUUUAAAUUACAAACUGUGUGAUCAAAGAUUAGGUUUUGUUGACAGUUUUAGAUACUCCGUGCUACAGAAACAUUGCCGUUCCAAAAUAGUAAAGUUCAGCCUUGCUAGCUACCAAAUGUUACUGCUGGACUGUUGGACUGAGUUAUUUUAAAUGGCAUUUAAGUCCAGAGCUCAAGCUUGCUAGCUAACGAAUUUUAUGUUGAUUUUAAAACAUUUUGAACGCCCACUAUACACGUACUUAGUUAGCUAACAUUAAUUUGCUGGCCCUACUAGCGAGCUAAAAUUCCUUAGCGAACAGUAGUUUGCUCACUAAUUAACAUUAGCAUAACAUGCUCAUGUUGUUGGUUGAUUAGUUAUUAUUUAUUAUUGUUCUUCAAACUUCUCUUCAGUUGUAGUCGCAGGUUUAAUUGGAUUAAAAUAACUGUACAUUUACAAAGUCAUUUUGACUUGUGAACAUGCAGUGUCAUAUAUGUAAUGCAUUAUUAACUGGGAGGUUCUCUGGUUGGAUACAAAGGAGCAAAUGGAGUGGAAACAGUUUGGCAAAAAACUGGUGAUAGAACAGCCCACGAGCUAUCAGUUGUCUCCGUGUGGCUGUAAAAGGUGAUAGCCUUUAGCUGGGGGAAUCAGCGCCCUGUAGAUGUGUCUUGUGUUGUUCUGUUGAUUGACAGGCCCAGUUGGCUCAGCAGGAAUAUUCCCUGGCUGCCUGUCGAGUGUCCGUCCACAGAGACAGGCCGGUGUCGGAGCCAGCCUCACCUAUAUCUGACCACAUAUUCACAUGUUCAUCGGAGCUGGCGUCUGAAUGCACUUUAAUGGUCCUUUUUCUGACUUUUAUAAAGGACAUUAUUCUGUAUGCUUCAAAAGAAGCAUUUUACAUACAUAUAAUACUGUUGCCAGGUUUCACUCUUCCACUCUUGUUUGGCACGGUGUUCAUAUUUAUGUGUUUGAUCCACUUUGUCUACUUGGAAUAAAGCAACAAAAGGACA